CCUGCGAGACGGCAUCGAAGAGCAGGCAGGCUCAGUGUGCUCCAUGAGCCUGGCCAGUGAGGGAGUGAGUGUGUUGGACCACUACACGGAGGACUGUGUGAGUUACUUCCCUUAAGUGCUGUUCCGCCAGGCCCUUUGUGAGGCCGUGUGGCGCGAUGGUGAUUGGAGGAGCCGCGUGACACCCUCACCUGCCUCGGGUCAAAGCACUGUCCCCAUUGGUCCUUGGUCCUCCACGCUGGCCAGUCACCGCACGCCUCGUCCACACCAGAUGGGCAUUUACCGGAACCAACAAAGAGAAGCUGUAUAAUGAAUGGAACUCUUGAUUAACUUAUUUAUUUUUGAUGCUAGACACAACAAAGGGUGAAGGUAGUGAAUGGGAAAUGUGCUAAAAGUUUGAAUAUAAGGAGUAAAAUCUGUCUUCCAUGGUGAUUGGCUGGGUGUGCUGUUCUCCUGUGACGUGGCUGGUUGUGAUUGGCUUUCCUUAAACACACAGUCACCCUCGAUAUCCCACAAGGGCGUUGAACCAGAAGAGCAUCUGCUAUGAACGGAAACUAAGUGAUAUGAAGUCAACACCUGAGGAAAAUAGACAAAAGGUAGAGAAAAUCAGAAAGUAAAGCCAACACCGUAAUAAAGAAGGAAAUUAAAGAAAAAUAACAUUAAAGCAAUAAAUUCAAGACUAAAUAAAGUAAAGUUCCUGUGUCAUUCAUCAGUUGGCUUGUAGAUAUCAGAAGUGGAACAGAAAUAUAUGAAUUGUUGGCCAUGAAACGCGAGGAAAUUAUUGACCUAAGGAACGAAAAUAGCUCAGCAACAACACAGUAAUCUAAAGAAUAAAAGGAACAUAAUCACACGCACGCAAAUACAAAAAAACAAAAAAAACAAAGAAGAAUGCGAGGAAAACCAGAUGACCUGAAGAAAAUCUAACAGGAGACCAGCAGCGUGUGUAAAUAAAAGAAAUUUGUGUAAUCUGACUUCCAUUUUCUUCAAAGCAACCUUGACCUUUUCCUUGAUUGAGGCCACCUUGACGAGUCGAAGAAAAGAGAAACACCAUCAUGAGCUUGAUUAGGAAGUGAAAGGAGGGAAGAAGAGGAAACAUCACGUAGCCAAAUGCCCUCGGGGAAAGUAAAAGUAAAGGUGGUGGAAAUGGAAACUACGAACUGAGAGUGACUAAAGUAAAGAAAGGAAGACUCAAGCAACACCGUGAAUAGAAGUAACACAUUCUAAUAUCGAAAUAGAUAGAGGAAGUUAAGUAACAUCAACAGACACGCGAGAAGAAGAUACAAGAAAAUAGAACAAAGGUACGAAAAAUUCUACUCUUUAAAAAUAAGAAUAACUCAAAAAGAAAACGAAACCUCACCAAAUACAAACGAAAAGAAAGAGAAAAAGAAAUACAAUAAUAGAAUAACGAGCAAUAACAGCUAAAGCACUCUAAAGAAAACUAGAAAAAAAGUGUGAAAAAAUACAAAACCGUUGACAUAACACCUUUGAUAAGAGAGUUACUGUUAAGUAGUGCAUGAUGCUUCCUUCACCAAUGCGCGCCCUGUGUCUCGGCCCCCGGGAGCACCUGGGGGCCGAGGAGGCAGACGAGGAGCCCCAUGAUGAACUCCACCUGGCUGUGCUCACCGGCAGAACGAAGAGGAUCAAGAACCUGCUGAGGAAAGGUGUCCACAUCGAGAGCGUCAACACCCACGGCCAAACGCCACUCUUUUGCGCUUCCUUUGGUGGAGACAACGAGGUGGUGGCUCUCCUGCUGCGCCUAGGAGCCAACCCGAACAGGCGGUGCGGCGGGAAGGGCUCCACUCCUGUCCACGCCGCCUCCUACAGGGGAUCAAGGCGGGUGUUGAGACUUCUGGUAGAGGCCGGCGGGGAUCUCACCUUCAGGGACUAUGAGAAUCAGACGCCAAAAGACUACGCCCUGAAGCAGCCAUCACCCAUCCGCCGUCAGAAAAUCCUUCACUUCCUGGACCUGCUGCUGGCCAUGACCCUGCAUCGCUCCCUGGCCCGCGGCGCCCCUCACCACACAUCCUCCCUCGACCCCGCCGCCGCUACAGCCUCGCACACCACGUCUCCCACCUCCCCGCCCAUCGUGCCGAGCUCCUCUUCCGCCACCCUGCCCCACGCCGCCUCCAAGACCAGCCUCGCCCUCAAGCGGCAGGGGAGUCUGGCCAGUGUGUGGGGGGCGUGUGUGACAGAUGGGGGUGAUACAUCUCCCCGCUCCCCGCCCUACUCCUCCCCACCACCUGCCUCCACGCUCCCCAAGACUGUCUCGUGUCACCUGCUGGACCAAAUGUACGUGUCCACCUCCCUGCCGCUGCUCACCCCCGCGGACCUGCACCGGCCGGAUGUGACGGGCAUCGCUUACACGUGUGGAGGGCCCACUGUGUACUCCCCCUACACAUGGUUGGGAACAAAAGUCACGGUCCGCCGCCCAACACCCGCCCUCUCCCUGCCCAAGAACAACGCCCAUAAAGCAGGGGAAGACCGUAGCGCCCUCGACCCCGCGGCCUGCAAGAGUCUGCUGCAGGAGUUGUCAGUUCUCCGCCGCCUUCGUCACCCUGGCUUCCUGGAGGUGAUGGCCGCCUGUCAUGUCGCCUCGCCCUCGCCAGACCACGUGACGCUCGUCUUCCAGCACGUGCAGCACGGCUCUCUCUACCACCACCUUCACGUGCAGCACCGGGACUUGAGCGUGGGCGGCGCCGUGGAGAUGCUGCUGGGCGUGGUGGAGGCACUCAUCUUCCUCCACGCCCACAACUGGCUGCACGCCGCCGUCACCUCCCACGCCCUCCACCUUGUCUCUACGCACCACGCCAAGCUGGGAGGGUUUGAGUUUGCCAUGGAGAUGCACGGCAAGGGCUGCAGCAUGCGGGCGCCCCAGCUGAGCCCCGCCACCUGGCUGGGACCCUGGCAGGCCCCGGAGACCCUUGAGGAACAGAUGGUGUCCACGCGCUCUGAGGUGUAUUCCCUUACCGCCGUCAUCUGGGAAGUGUGGGCAGGUAUGCCGCCGUGGGCAGGCGUGGAGGACAAGGAGGUGAAGAAGAGGGUGGCAGCUGGCGAGACACUGCCCACCCUCACCCCCACGCCGCCCUCGCUCAUCACCUACCUCACCCAGUACGGCCUCAAGUGGAACUCACACGAGAGGGAGCUUGACCUGCAGGAGAUCCACACCAUGCUGAGGUCCCUGAAGAUUCAGUCGAACGAGGAGGAGCGCGUGCCGUCAGUGCCUGCCUGGGGCCCUCCCUCAGUGCCCAACACACCAGUCAUCGGCAGACACAUUCGCGCGGCCACGCCCUCCCAAUCCUCCCAGCGAAGCUCCUCACCUCCUUUGAAGAUCCACACCCCCAAGGCACACCCGGAUUCACCCCACACCCCGACGCCACAGCCAAACACAGUCCACGCCCACAUCACAGACACCCACACACCCACAAAGCAGCCUCUUGUCAGUGCCAGGAAGACGGCCUCGAGCGCCACGCAGAUGGUGGUGGCGGGCGAGGUGCACCGAAGUGACGACUCGGUGAGGCUGCCUCCAGGACACACUAGACUGCUGCAGGAGGUGCCGGGGAAGGGCAGAGUAUUUGGAGGAGUGGACAGCGGGUUCUCAACGCCUUGCACCCGCACCCCGAGCCCCAACAUGGACACGAUUACCAGUGCCAAAAUCAACCCUUCGUUCCUCACUUCCACGCCCUCGCGGCCGCCUACCACCUGUGUAAUGCGGGCGGACCUGCAGCCUGACCUGCUGCCCAACAAGGUGACGCUAAAGGCGCUCACCAACGGCCACACACCGGACAUCCUGGCGCGAGGCCCCACUGAACCUGGCCGGGGUCUACGGGGCGGGUCAGGGGGCGCUCCCCCAACCUUCCAACCCCCAACCUCCCCCAUCACCCCGAGCUGCCCCACCACAGACUCCGAUCACUCUCGCACCUCCUCCCCUACUGACAAUGGCCGGACAGGCAGCGGCUACAGUUUCAUCUCCAACGCCGCCAAGAGAGCCUUCCUCAUGGAGGCUGAGGGGGGAGCAGGAGGGGCAGGGAUGGAGUAUGGGGAGCGACCGGCCAGCGCGAGUCGGAGGAGCAGCUCCUCCGACAUGCCGCACAGGAUGGACGUGGUGCGUCGCGGCCUCAGCCUCACCAACAUCAGCGUGGCCGUCGCCGCUGCUCCUCCAAACUCCGGCAGCUUUACCCGCACCGCCUCUCACAUCUCGUUGGCCAGCGCCUCCUCCAGCGGCAGCAGUGACGUGUGUGGACGGCGGCCGGUGCGCACCGUGAGCCAAGUGACGCUCACGAUGCGCAAGUUGUCCCAAGUGUCUGACUCCUCCUCCAGUAAGGACGAAGUGAGCGAACCGCCCUCCCAAGAACAGCUGAAGGCAAGACGAGCACGAUCGCUGCCCAAGGGCCCCAGACACCCACCCGUCAGCUCUGGGCGGCGGGACAGUACUUCAGGGUCGACUCACGUGGAGGACACUGCCAUCAAACCAGCCAGCCACCAGGUAACACGGCACUCCUCCUCCUGCUCCCUCGCCAGCGGCCCCUCUAGCCCCACGCACUACUCCUCCUCCUCCUCCACCUCCUGGGUCCCCCUCAACCCCGCCAGGCAGCAACAACAACUCCAGCAGCAGGCGCCUCCUCCUUCUUCUUCCACGUCCCAGCAGGCCUCGCCCCAUCCUUCGCCUCCUCCAGCCAGACCCGCUAAGGGCGGCGUGGGGCGGCGGUGGAGCAGCGUGGGCGGCACCCCAACUGGCCUGGCGGAGACGGCGGUGAAGAUCCAGCCGAGGAGACUAUCGGAGGGACAGCGACCGAGGCCCAGGAGAUCCAGACGCCGGCAGGAGGUAGAGAUCGAGGAGGAGUUCUUUGACGACGAGUUCAACGCCCUCUUGUUCCAGCAGCCUCACAUGCAGCUAUCAGUUGGCUCCUCCGAGAACCUCCUGGAUAGCCGCGCGCCCCACUCCAUGCUGGCGGACGGGGCAGCGUCGCCGGUGAGUCUGGGCUUCAGCAGCUUCUCUCCAAGCCUUACAAGCAGCGAAGACGAGGAUGACGAAGCGGGUUUGAAGGGGCGUCCGGCGGGGGGCGCGACCCGCUGGCGGAGACUCGGCGCCGUGGCGGAGACGGGCAACUCAGAGGAGGAUGAAGACCAUGAGGAGGAGGAAGGAGAAAAGGAGAAGAAUAGCGGAAGGAGUGACGGAGAGACAGGAGGAGAUGGAGAGGAAGGCUCAUGGAGAUAUAAGGACUUCGGCAAGGAGUUUGAGCCUCUGAAGAGUGUACAGUUAUUGAAGAACCUGCGGAGUUUGAGUCUGUACCUUCCAGUGCACACGAUCGCCAGUGAUACGGACACCGGGGAGAUGUAGCGGGGAGAGAGAAAGAAAGAAAGAAAGAGAGAGAGAGAGUAAGGGGGGGGGGUAACAUACAAUAUCUCUCUCUCCCAGCUCCGCGCUUCCUUUCUUUCCUCCGUCUCGUUCCGUCCUAAUCUGAACAUAUGUAGCUUUUCUCACACAUAUUUCCUCUACAUACACGCGUCGCUUUCCCCUUCAUGGGCUGUACAUAGUGAUCCAUUCCUCUCUCUUUUUGUACCAUUGUAACUCUUAAGGCGUGCACCAGGAACCCCCCCCACACACACACACACACACAACGGCUGUAAAUUUACCACCUACGCUUAAAACUCUUAGCUAUUGCAUUUUUUUUUUUUUUUUAGUUCAGACGCUUUCUUAUCAUUAUCGUUAUUAUCAUUAUUAUUGACAUUGUCUCGACAUUUUUUUGUUAUUGUCUUGUAACUUAAGAUGUGGAAGGAAGCAUUUAAUUUGUAGGAUUUUCUUUUAGAGCCUCGAGGUUUGCAGGAAAGAAAUACCGGUUAGAUUUUGUUUGUAGGUUUUUUUUUUUUCUGAAGCAUUUGUUGUGGUACUAAGGUUGUUAAUAGAAAAUGGGAAGUGAAAGGAAGAUAAAAAAAAAACGGGAGAAGGAUUAUUAUGGAAGUUCGCUACGCAUUUUAUUCUUUGGUGGUUGUAAUGAUUUCUUGAUGAUUUUGUUUGUCAUUAUUAUUAUUUUUUUUAUUUUUUGGUUUAUGUAUUUUUUGGUCUUUUUUUUAAUACAUUAUGCAUUUAGCAAGAAUGGUUCUGUUUUAAUUUAUUGCAUUGUGAUCAUACGCUUCUUCUACUUCAUGCAUUUUUUAGACCGAUUUUAUUUUUUUUUUUUUGUUUUUCUCUCCUUAACCUAUCCUACUUAGAAAAUGCCGAAUAUUUAUCAAAAAGUAAUGCAUUUUUUUACAUACUGUAGUUUUUCUCCAUUACAAUAAAAAGAAACUCGGAUAUUUAUGUGCAUUAAACUCAUCACCAUUAUUAUUAUUUUCUUUAUUACUAUUACAAUUACUUCUAGUGCUGCUGCUGCUAUUGGCCGUGGUAGUGUCGCCCAGACAAGUGUAGUAAUAGGUAUCGGUCAUGUGUAGACAGCUGGCCAGGUGUAUAGGUGUAGGGAGCUGUGUGUAGGUUAGCGACUCUACCAAAGACGUGAAGCAAGAGGCGUGAAGAGUGACCCGGUGUGGGAGGCGGCGACGACGAGGACGAGAAGAACGGUGAAUAUAAAAGCGAUAAAAGAAUAAAUAGAGGAAAGGCAGAACAAAAAGCAAGAAGCAUGAGGAGGAUGGAGAAUAAAAAGAAUACAUAAAAAUACCAGAUAUCAGGCGAGAUUCAUAACAAAGAUAUGAAAUGACAUAUUAUUACGAAUACUACGAGUGAGAACAAGAUAUAUCAGGUAAAGCCUUCUCCUUACCAACCUUUCCAUGCAGAGAAGAUACGAUACGACUGUGAAAUAUAAACGAGAUGGAAAUAAUGCAUAAGAUUGUAAAGAUAGAAGAGAUACAAAGGAGGGGGAGAAGAGUGAAUAUGCAGGGAACUAGAAGAUUAUUUAAGACAGGAUGAAAGACGAGAUACAAGAAAGGAACAGAGAGAAGGACGAAUAUGAAAAGGCUGAUAUCAGGAUUCUCGAUUGAAUAAACGAUAGCAGAAGGUAACAGGAUCAGAAGGAGAGAAGGUGGAAAUAGCGCCGGUAAAGAAAUACAUGUUUAAGUAGGCGAGUAUUUGUUUAUUUGAAUAUGAAAAGGUUGAUAUCAGGAUUCUGAAUUAGAUAAAAGAUAGCAGAAAGUAACAGGACCAGAAGGAGAGGAGAGAAGGUGAAAAUAGCGCGGGUAAAGAAGUGUAUGUUUAAGUAGGCGAGUAUUUGCUUAAUUGAAUAUGAAAAGGUUGAUAUCACGAUUCUAAAGAUUUCUAGAUUAAGUAAAAGAUAGCAGAAAGUACAGGAUCAGAAGGAGAGAAGGUGAAAAUAGCGCCGGGGAAAGAAGUACAUGUUUAAGUGGGCGAGUAUUUGCUUAGUUUCCUUUCUGUUGAGUCGCCUACCAAUGUCGAUCUGUGCAUUAGUCACGCACGCUGAAACGUAUUCCCGUGUUUGCCUUUGUCUUUCCUCUUUUUUUUUUUUUUUUUUAGUCAUUUUUUCUUCUCUGCGUCUUUGAAGUGAGUUUUAUCAUCCUUCUUAUCUCGAACUGUUAGAAAUUCCAUUGAGUUUUUGUUUAGGCAAGAAAGGAAGCAGACCAAGGACAACAAUAAAAAAAAAAAAAAAGGUCCACUUGAUUGCCAGUUCGCUCCUUUUUUAUUUAGUGGUUGCUCUAAGACAAAAUAAACCCAAUAACAUGAGAUGCAUUACUUAUCAUAUCAAAAGAGGCAACGAUGCAUUUAUCUUCAUCUUAUUUUCUUUAUUUAUUUAUCUUUUAUUUAAUUUUUUACUUAUUAUUUUUUUAUCGAUAAUAAAAGACGCUAAUAUAAUUCAAGAGUCGAGUAUUCUUUCCUUUUUUUUCCGUCAAUGUUAAAGGAAGUUUAUCAUUUCAUAACUCAGUCUUUUGAACUAUGCAUUUAGGCGCCGCAGUAUUAUCAAGAGUUUGACUUCAAGCGCCACGCAAUGUCAGGAUGUCGUUCUUAUUUACCUGGUUGGCUCACGCAUGUUUGUUUAUAGUGUAUUGUGUCUUUGCUAUACAGGAACAAGUCAAACUUUUCUUUAUAACAUCAAAAUUUCAUCAAGCACUAAAACCAUUUCAUCGCAAUUAUUUUUAUUAUAUUGUUUUGUCUGUGUUAUAAAAGUUGUCUUUAUCUAUUUUUCUUUCUUCUUUCUUUACUUUUUAGUUGAGUAUUUAGUCUAUUGUGUUAUGAUUUUCUAUUUCAAAUUUUUUUUGCCAUAAAUUUUCUUCAGUCGGCUUAAGUUUUCUAUACGACUUGUGCAUUGUUGUUGUUUAUAGAUUUAUUUUCUUGCCCUAACUGGACUUUUUCUAUAUAUACUAUCAGGAAAAAAUAAGGUUGCGUUUAUUCUUUUCCACGUACGUCAUUGCUUUGGCGCCGCUGAAGCUCGCUCACUCAGACAGACAAGGGAGCAGCGAUUCUCUCACUCCCUUCGCAGCGACAAGGGGAGCCACCGGCGCCGCCGCCGCCACUCCGGAUGCAGGAUGGUGAUGACAGUGUAGGCAGGCGAGGCUCACGACCGGGAUUUGCAAUAAAGUGUUUUCGGACA